GCGGGGAAUUCUUUCUCCAGCUGGGCUGCGUAGCAAGCAGGAGGCCAUGUAUCCCUCCGCCAACUGCUCCAGCCUGCCCCGCAGAGACCUCCCCGCGCGGCUGGACUACCAGGAUCUGUGCAACCGAAGCCAGCAGGACACUGCCUUUAGCCAUGUUGACCCCAAGGACUUGAACCUGACGGUGGAGCAGCUGCAGGACAAGUACCUGGGCCCCCGGAGAUCCAGCUUCUUCAUCCCAGUCUGCACCACCUACCUGCUGAUCUUUGUGGUGGGGGCCAUCGGCAACACGCUGACCUGCCUGGUCAUCGUGCGCCACCGGUUCAUGAGGACGCCCACAAACUAUUACCUGUUCAGCCUGGCCGUCUCUGACCUGCUGGUGCUGCUGCUGGGGAUGCCGCUGGAGCUCUACGAGAUGUGGAGCAACUACCCCUUCCUCCUGGGCGCCAGCGGCUGCUACUUCAAGACGUUGCUCUUUGAGGCGGUCUGCUUCGCCUCCAUCCUCAACGUGACGGCGCUGAGCGUGGAGCGCUACAUCGCCGUGGUCCACCCGCUCAAGGCCAAGUACGUGGUGACCAGGAAGCACGCCAAGCGGGUCAUCGUCACGGUCUGGGUGUUGUCCGUGCUCUGCUCCAUCCCCAACACCAGCCUGCAUGGUAUCCAGCCCCUCUAUGUGCCGGGCAGGGGGGUGGUGCCGGACUCGGCCAUCUGCACCCUGGUGAAACCCCGCCUGAUUUACAACCUCAUCAUCCAGAUCACCACCAUCCUCUUCUUCUUCCUGCCCAUGGGCACCAUCAGCAUCCUUUACCUGCUCAUCGGGCUGCAGCUGAAGAAGGAGAAGAUGCUGCAAGCCCUGGAGGCCAAAUUGGGCGCGGACUGCGACUACCACAACAUCCGCGUCCAGCAGCAGAAGAUCAGGAGGAGGCAGGUGACUAAGAUGCUGUUCGUGCUGGUUGUCGUAUUUGGGAUCUGCUGGGCCCCCUUCCACACAGACCGACUCGUCUGGAGCUUCGUCGUCCACUGGACGGGCCGGAUGCUGCACAUGUUCCAGUAUGUCCACAUCAUCUCCGGGGUUUUCUUCUACCUGAGCUCAGCCGCCAACCCCAUCCUCUACAACCUGAUGUCCACGCGCUUCCGGGAGAUGUUCAAGGAGGUGAUGUGCCACAGGCGCCUGAGGAAGCUGGGCUCCAGGAAGUACUCGCCCAGCGUCACCCGGGUCACCACCCGCAGCACGGUUUGUGAGCACCUGCCCGCCGGCAACGGACUGCCUCUGUCCAAUGUGGAGGAGGAGGAGAUGGGCAUGGAGGGGGAGGACACCCUUAAGCAUGAGACGUCCUUCCCCUGAGGGUACUGCCAGGGCCUUCCCCGCUAGUCAGGCUCCUGGAGGGACACAACGACCGUGAGGGGGUUGGGAAGGCCAUGUCCAGUGUCUAGUCACUCGCUUACGUCUCCCAUUGCUGUGCUACCUGCUAGCACUGCCCUGGCAUUAUAUCCACUCCCACCUCUUGUAGGCUGAACUCACCGGGGGCUGCGCCGUGGCACCAGGGUACGAGCGAAGGCAGAACUUGGGUUCAGAGAGGUGGGGCAUUUACUCUUCACUGGCUGAGUUAUGCCCUUGCAGCCUCUCGGCUUGGCACAGGUGGUGGUGCCAUCCGGCUGCAGGUUGUUGUCUGGUGCGUCUGGCAGCACCGGCCCGGUUUAGUGCUAGGAGGGGCGCAGACAAGA